UCAGAGACAAUAAAACCACUUCAUUGUUGCUGGUUAACUCAGAUGAACUCUCCUUCGCUUGUAUCAUUUCAGAGUUUUAUUUACAUUCCCAGCACCAGUCCCCCUUUGGGAAAAAUGGUCAUACUGAGUCUCUAAUGGCAGACUUUCCCUUCUGCAGAAAACAUGGGACACCCAGGGACUCUGCAACAGCAGUCAUCCCAGUGACUAAGGAGGAAGGCAAACCAAGAAGCAGUCUGCACUCCCAUUGCUCUCUGUGGCAGCAUCCCAAAUAAUGUCAGCCGGAUGCUGAGCAGGCAGCAUACGAUUGGAUCACGUUCCUGUUUUCAUGUGAGUAACUCUUGCCCUGUGUAAUGGAGCCCUGACCAGAUGUCCUCAUCAUCCAGAAACCGCCCAGAGCUGGAGCUGGUGAGGUGAGAAGUGGAGGAGUAGCUAAGAACUGAGCAACCUGUCCUACAACAUGAGUUUAUCCAGCUGUGGAAUUUUCCCAUGCUGUUAUCGGAGUCAGGAUAAUCUGGAGCUGUAACCCCAGUCAGCCUUGAGGAGACCAUCUCAUCAGCAGAGCAGUAGCAGUCAGCCUGCAGGCUCAAGAAAUAUUUUCACCAUGACCAUGCCAGGUGCUUUUGUGGUCCUCUCCUUUGUGCUUUGCUGCUUCCCAGAUGCUACCUUUGGGGUUGAGGUGGACUGCAGUACGUAUCCCAACACUACAAAUGAGGAAGGCAAAGAGGUGUUGGUCUGCAGCAAGAUCCUCAGCCCCAUCUGUGGUACUGAUGGAGUCACCUACAGCAAUGAGUGUCUGCUCUGUGCCAACAACAUAGAAUAUGGAACCAAUGUCAGCAAAUACCAUGAUGGAGAAUGCAAGGAAUUUGUCCCUGUGAACUGCAGUAGAUAUCCCAAUACAACAAACGAGGAAGGCAAAGUGAUGUUGAUCUGCAACAAAGACCUCAGCCCUGUUUGUGGUACCGAUGGGGUCACCUAUGACAAUGAGUGCCUGCUGUGUGCCCAUAACCUAGAGCCUGGAACCAGUGUUGGCAAGAAGUAUGAUGGUGAAUGUAAGAAGGAAAUUGCUACAGUUGACUGUAGUGACUACCCUAAACCUGUCUGUUCGCUUGAGUCCAUGCCUCUCUGUGGCUCUGACAACAAAACAUACAGCAAUAAGUGUAACUUCUGCAAUGCAGUUGUGGACAGCAAUGAGACACUCACUUUAAGCCAUUUUGGAAAAUGCUGAGUAUCAGUGCUGAGAGAAUUCACCACAGGAUCCCCACUGGCAAAUCCCAACUAAAGAUCUCACCUCAGUUUAUCUUGCCCUCUGGGGGAUUCAGCUCGCUCCUGAUUUUCAUUCUCAAUAAACUACAUCAGCAACAUU